GAGGGGCCCGGGCCGCGGAGAGGGAAAUCGUCACUUUGCCAGUGCGCUCUCCCCAAAAAAAAGCCGAUACCGACUAGCCGCGUUCACGAGGUACACACGCGCCGGGAGUUUGGUCGUGCAUCUGUGAUUCGUUCCGGCGCUCCCUCGGCAAGAGCGUCGGCUCGCAGCGUUCCUCGUCUAGUAGGACCGGUGGGUGUCCGACGCGCCGCACGCACGCCCCCGACGCACGCCACUGGCAUGCCGGUGGCGGCCAACGAACGUAUAUGCGCGCUCACGAGGACGGCAGUGAGU